GUAGUAUGUCGAGAGCUUGGCUUUGAUAGCACAAAUGUUUAUGAAUGGUUGACACCACGAUGGAAUUAUAAUCCAAAAAUAAUCAUUCGAAAGAGUCACGUUGCACCGCGCCAAUGUAUCGGAAUGGAAUUAAAACUUGAACAAUGUCCGAUACGAACGAGUAAUAAUUUAAGUAUGUGGCAGUGUAUUGACAAUGAACAUUUUAAUUUUAUACAUUGCGGUGAAAAAACAAUCCUAAACAGCAAUUAUAUUGGUAAUUGGGGUGGUAUUACGUUUGCGCAUGGUAGCAUUGAUUAUGAGCAAAGAAAUACAGUAACAGAACAAUCGACCUUACGAAAUGUGGAAAUUGUUGGUGGUGGAUCGGCGCAUAACGAAACGAUCGGUGUAGCGGCGGUAUUAUCCAUUAGACGCAGUCCGAUAUUCGAUCAUGUUAACAUUACAAAUUCAUCUAUGCAUGGAUUACAGAUUCUUAUUCCUCAGAAGGAUAUAAUUUUGAACAAACUUAAUGUAACACAAAAUCAUGGUUACGGUAUAAGUUUUUGGCUAUCAAACUUGCAAGGAUCAAGUGGAAAUUCAGGAAACAUAUUAGGAAUGAUGAAUACCAUACCAUAUAAUGCUCGUGGUUUAUUGGAUAUUUGCGCAGCGCAAAAGAAAUUUGAAGUUAUAAAUCGUAUAAUAAUGUUCUAUAAGUAUGAUUCGCACACUGUUGAUUGUGUCAAAAUUUUUACAUCAUCAGAACGGAACAUUGCAUUUCGAUUUCUUUUGAUCAAUCUAUACGAUGGCUCUCAAAUGAAUCUUGGCCGUUUAGAUUCAAUAACACUAUAUAGUGAUGCUGAAUUUACCCAAAGAAUACAUCAGUUUACUUCACAAACAUCAGAUUUUUCAUUAAAUAUCCAAGCACAGUCAUUUUUGGCCAUACAUAUGCGAGCUAAUGCAGCCAAUGGUAUUUAUGGAUUUAUUGCUGAAAUUACUAUUAUUCCAACAUUAGCUCAAACGUAUUCAACAGAUGAAAUUUUAAUACGACACAGUCGUGUAGAGAAAAAUGAUCGUGGUGCAAUAAUUUAUCGUAAUACAGGUGAAGUAGGACCUAAUCUUGUAAUUAGCAAUUGCAUGAUCCAAAAAAAUGGCUAUCAUUUAUUUGGUAACAUAAGUACAACAACUUAUGCUAUUCAAUUACAUUUUCAUAAUACUUUGUCGGCACAGUUUCGGAACAAUUUAUUGAUGGAUAAUAUCGGUGGAUUAUGGAUUACUGCGCUAACGACCAGUUCAAUUGCUCGCUUAAUUGUAAUUAUCCGAGAGUGUGCUUUUAUGCAUAAUUCGAAUAGUACCGUUCUUGCUUUCUUAGGAAAUGGUAAUCAGAAACUAUGGUUGUUCAACAAUUUAAUCAGAAAUAAUUAUGCGUUACAUUAUGAUACAGUACUGCUAAAAGGUAUUACAGCAAAUUUAACGCGUAAUCUCUUUGCUAACAAUACAGGCUUACACAAUCUUCAUUUACAACCUAAUUUACCGGAUUCCUUGGAUUCAUAUAUAUUAUAUCGUAACUGGUUUUACAAUAACAUUGCUCUUGGACAUGGUUAUCGAUAUCAGGAGCGAUAUGGAUAUCAACCGGAUUAUUUGUCGGAUAAAUUUAUACGUCGGUCGAAACGAGAAAUAGUAAUGGAAGGUGUAAGUUUCGACUGGUGGACUCAUAUUGGUACAGAUUCGGAACGUUAUCAAAGUACAGUAUAUGCAGGCAUUUCGAAUGUAUUAUACCGCGAAAAUACGUUCAACAAUCCGAUUAAUCCAUAUGAAUUGGUUACAGGCAAAACGAAUAGCAUGGAAGGACGUGCAAUUGAUGCGCGAGAAAAUUACUGGGGUUAUCCAGGUACAGUUGGUGUUGCCAGUGGAAAAAUUCGUGAUUGUCCAGCUGGUUGGUUUCAAAUUGGUAGAGACGAAUUUAAAUCGUGUUUUCUGUACAGUGGCGCGGCAACCACUUAUAUGGCUGCUGUCAAAUUUUGUCAGGAAAUGGAUGCAUUUGUACCGUACUUACGAGUUGAUGACAGUAGACAGAAAGAACUCGCCAAACGAAUCGAUGAUAUCGUACAUAUGCGAACAACUGACAGUAUCGAUCGUUACGAUACUUUUACAGAUGCAUAUGAUAAGCAAGUAUGGAUCUCAAGUGUAACAGUCCCAUUAACACAGUGUGGUUGGCUAAGUACGCGUUCCGGUAAUAUUGGUACUCGAAAUUGCAAUAGUUUGCUAUCAUUCGUGUGUGAAAAAGGAGUGUUAUCAUAUGAUGAACCAACACUUUGGAGAGGUGGUAUAAUCAUUGCUAUAAGUGCAUUAAGCAUACUUUUAGUCAUCAUUUUAUUGCUAGCUGUUUGUUGGUAUAGAAAAUCAAGAAAGCGGAAAGAAGAAGAAAUGGCAAUAAAUGGAGCAUUAAAUGGAAUAGAUUUGCAAACGGAUGAUGCAAUCAUGAAUGCGCACCGUAAUUUAGUUCAUGGAAAAGAUAAUAAUUCAUGGUCAAAACUAACGAAAGCUGACUUAUCAACCGAAAUGUAUUCAGGAAGUAAUUCUGUUACUUCAUUCAUUGAUCAAAAUAUCAAAUGUCGUUCAUCUGGUGUAGAAUUAAGCAGAAUAAAUUCUACUGUUGAUUCAUCAUAUUCCGGAAAUGGUAGUGAAAGUUUUGCAUAUCAUAUGCCAUCAUCAUUUUCCAGAAAUUUGGUAUCACAAAGGCCAAAUCCAUAUGGUGAGGUAUCAUUGAGUGUAUUUAAUGCUUAUGGAUCAAUUAAUAGCCGUGCAGGUAGUAGUAAUGAUCGACCAGUUAUCGAUUGGCACAGUACAGAUGCAUCAAUGUGCAAUACAAAUACGGAUACUGUCACAUGUUCAACGUGUCAAGACUGUAAUGAAUCAACACUUACAGAACGAUCGUCGUGGAAUGAUUCUAGUAGUGCUCAAUCUUCAAUCAUUUCUGAUCGAACUAUCCAACAAUCGGUUAAACCACUACUUAAUCAAACAGAACAAAUAACACCAAAAUCAUCGAUGGGAGAAGAUACGUCACGUCUGGUAUCCAAGUCUUUUGAUUCACGUCCACGAUCUACUUAUAGUAAAUUAGUGGAUCUUCCACCACCACCAUUAUUUGAUCCAAAAUUGUUUGAGAAUCAUGGAACUUCAUCUGUUACAUCAGAUGAAAUAAACUGUGAAACACUGUUGAGGCCAAUACGCGCCGCACCACCGCCACCGUCAACACCGCCACGUAUUGCAAUCUCAAUGAAUGAACAGCUUCAUGUCCCUGAAAUUCCUAUUAUUUCAUCGCCACCACGACGUUCACUCUAUGAAACGACAACAGAAUUAGUGAAAGACAGUCCUUACAGUAACUCAUCCUCCUAUCGGACUAAAAUUCGUCCUUCUGUACCACCACCAAAUCCACCAGAUUACACGUAUAUCCGAAAUCCUCAAUCAAGCCAAUCGCUUGUUGAUCUCAUUACUCCAUCACUGCACUAUCAACGUAGUAAUUCAACCGGCAAAACAUUACCAAUUGAAACAUCCAUGUAA